UCAUCUAUUUCUGAGAUGGUUAAUUGGUGGAGUUUUGUUUCCUCCCAGUGGGAUAAGUGUAUUCCAAAUAUAAUGGAAGAAACCGCUUACUUGUACUGGUAUAUAUGGAAAAACAGGAAUCUAGGCAUUUUUCAAGGCCAUGCAAUGCCACCGCAAUUGGUUGUUCAAAAAGCCAUGUUUCUAGCAGACGAGUUUUGUAGAGUUAAUGGUAAAGACCCCCUUAUUCCACCAGUGCUACAACUUCGGGAUGGAUUAGAGGAUAAAGUACAACGGUGGAGUCCACCACCCGAAGAUGUUAUUAAAUGUAAUACUGAUGCAGCUGUGGAUGUUAAAAAUGGUGUUGCAGGUCUAGCUGUGGUCUGUCGCAACAGUAGGGGCAUUCUUGUUGAUGGUUUGGCCUUCAAACAAUCAAUUAGUUCUGUUUUAAUGGUUGAAACUCUCGCAUUAAGAGCUGCAGUAGGCUGGGCAGCUCGGAAUGGCCUCAAAGACAUCAUUUUUGAAUCUAACAGCAAAGAGCUAGUGCAAGCUGUUAACAAAAAGGUUCAUUUGCCUUGGCAAAUAGAGCCAUUGGUGCUAUCCGUGUGGGAGCUGUGCAAGUCUUUCUCCUUUUGUGAAUUUAACUAUGUACUCCCUCUGUUCCUAAAUAUUAGUCGUUUUAGGUAUUUUCACCAGGAUUAAGAAAAGUAAUUAAUCACUCUCAAUUUCAGCAAUAAAUGUAUUUAAUGUACUAUUUUACCCUUUUUUCCACUUCGAUUCUUGAGUUUUACUGGUUCAUCUCCCACAAACUUUCACUGCUUCAAAUAUAUCCUUCAUUUGGAU